AUGGCAAAUGAGGCGGAAGAGACUGUACGUACACUAUCUAUGCAUAAAGGAGUAGUUGGUGUGAUAGUUGUUAAUGGGGAAGGCAUUCCUAUAAAAACAACAUUAGAUAACCAUGUCUCAGUCCAAUACGCGGGCUUGAUGAGUGCUUUAGUAGAUAAAGCUAAGGCUGUAGUAAGAGAUCUUGAUCCUACGAAUGAUUUGACAUUUCUACGUAUACGAAGCAAGAAAAGUGAAGUAUUGGUAGCACCAGAUAAAGAUUUCAUACUAAUUGUGGUUCAAAGUCCAGCUGAC